AGGUUCCUUAUCGCCCAACUAUGAAAACAAUGCAAUCCUGGUUGCACAGCAUGCUUUCCCUGCCGAGAAAAUCGCACACGCAUCUGGACGAGUUGGCAGUUUCCUUCUCACCAUUGGAGGCUGCCCGCCGCAACGCUAUAACCAUUGGGUCCUGCCACGAUUUAGCGUCAUCGGCCUUGCUACACUCGUCCAAUAUCAAAGGGAAGGGCAUUGAAAAACGCUCAUUUUCGCCGUUUUCAAGCUUUCAAAAGUGGAUUUUCGGGAUCAGCGUAUUGAAAAACCCAAGCCAUUCGAGAUGACAAC